CCAACCAGGCAUUGGCCGCGUGGUCCCGCCAGGGCUCUCCCCACCCACGACCCUUCGCCUCGCGGUCCUCUUGGCCUUGAUCAACCCCCCGGUCAAGUCCUGCCGGCCUGCUGCCUCAUACGCCUGCUGUACCUCUCCUCUGCUCUGCUCUGCUCUUCUCUUUCGUCUCUGCCAUCGUCGCCAUCGUCGCCAUGCUCGCUCAACUGGGUUACGGACUGGGCCUCGGAAGCGCCGGCCUCCACUUCCACUACCUGCUCAACCCCGGCUCCUCAUACCGCUCCCACACCCUCUUCACCAUCUCCAAGUGCGUCCCCAUCCUCCUGCUGGCUCACCAGGUUCACCGCUCAAAGGACCAAAAGGCCCUCCGCCACAAGACCGCCGCCAUUGCCACCGGUCUGACCCUCUCUGCCCUGGGCGACGCCUUCCUGGCCGUCGAGGAUCUGCACCCCAGCCUCUUCACCGCCGGCCUGGCCUCGUUCCUGGCGGCCCACAUCAGUUACAUUGUCGGCUUCAAGAGCCCCCGCUCCAAGCACUGGGGCUGGACUCUGGCCACUGCCGUCGGCCUCUCUGGUAGCAUUGCCGCCCUCAUCGUGCCUUCGACUCCCUGGGAUCUCAAGGCUCCUGUCGCUGUCUAUAUCGGCGUCCUUGGCUCGGUCAUCUGGAACAGCUUGGAUGCCGCCGUUGCCGAUACCAGGCGCUCUGGCCUCAAGAGAUGGUCCGGCGUCAUCGGUGCGCUCUUGUUUGCUGCCUCGGAUUCGAUCCUGGCCUACGACAAGUUCAAGCACCCGUUCGCCACCAGCGCUCUCUACGUCAUGGGUACUUACUACAGCAGCCAGUACUUUAUUGCUCAGUACGCCGUCAACCGCAAGAGCGACGAGUAACGGGUGCGUGUCGAUCUGGAUGCCUGCGCCUGUGGGUAUCUGCCAAGCACUCGUGAAUAAACCCCCGGGCUCUUGGAGCGUCGGGCUUGUCGACAACUA